AUGGUGAGCUACGUGACGGUAAAUGAAGGCUCAAGCAGCAAGGUCUACACGGGAGGAGUGAGGCCGGCGGACCUGCUUUGCAUGGGGAUCACUGCUUUGCUGCUGAUCCUGGUGCCAUUGCUCUUCAUCUGCGACGUGCGCGUCUUCUUCGGCUCGAGCGAGCAAUGCAGCACGGGAUAUACCGAUGUUUGCAGCGACAAGUGCGCUUCCUUGCUGACAGCACAGCUGGUGGAGAACCAGGGAUUCUGCUGUACUUCUUGCCCCAGCCAGCUGGCCCUCACGAACCUCCAGUGCGGCGCGGACAACACUCGACCUGCUCCCCCGCAUGUGCACACUGUGGUGCGUCGCCACUACAACACCGUCUAUCACAAAGUUCCUGUAAACCACUAUGUCCACGUGCAGAUGCCCGAGAAGGCACCCAUCGUCCACACCGUGCAGGUUCAGACUCCAGCAAGGCACUACAGCUGCGACGGGAUGGGAUCCCACCCAGAUCCAAGCUGGUCCAGCCAGCACACCCGUUGGUGCUGCUACAAGUACAAGAUGUACUGCCCUGUGACCGUGGUCGACAAGGACUACUACCACACCGUGACCAACAUCCAGCCGGUCCGUGUGCCAGUACCUGAGCCAAUGCCGGCACACGCGCCCAUCAUUCACACCAUCCACCACACCUACCACGUGCCCAGCCCACCUCAGUACGUGCACGUUCAAGUGCCAGGCCCUACCGUGGUGAAACCCGUGGUGAUGAACGAGAACGUCCCUGUUCCCGUGCCGGAGCCGCCUCAAGUCAUCAACGUGAAGCGCCCCUAUCCCGUGCACGUGCAGGGCCCUGACCACUACGUGAAGGUGCCGGUGCCAUCGCCGCCUCAUGUGGUCACACACUACCACACCCAGUGGAACACUGUGGUGGACCAGCAAUAUGAUUGCCAGAACGGCCUUGAGAACUUCCAGCAGCUUUGGUCUCAUUCCAAGCAGACCUGGUGCUGCUCCCACUUCAACUCCGGCUGCGGACACUGGGAGAAGGUGGUCCAUGUGUACCACAGCUAUGACUGCCAAGCCGGUUUCUCCAACUGGUACCAUGGCUGGUCCAGCAACAAGAAGGAUUGGUGCUGCAGCCACCAGCAGAGGGGCUGCCCAGGAACCUGGCAUGGACAUUACCAUGUGCAGGCCGGGCGACACCCAUCUGUGAGCACCAUGACACCCGGGGGUCAAACGAUGAGGCCAUUCAGAGCCCCGUUCAGCCACUCCAUUCUUCGAAGAGGGCCAUUCGGAGCCCCCCGUCGCUUGUCAACGGACAGGUUCAUGUGGAGCACGGCGUUGGACAUGGAGGCUAUGACUGCAAUGCCGGAGCCUCCAACUGGAUGCAGGGAGCCUUGGACCCAGUAGGAUGCAGGGGGGGUUCAACCAAUGGCUAGCCCAAAUACAGAUAUCAACAGAUGGCCAACGCAAGAACUUUGCUGAGCAGAAAUACCGACAUGAAUUUGGCAUUGUCACUAAAAAGUAGAAGGGGUGAACGCUAAAGGGGGUGAGGCUCUUAUUGGGAACCCCCAGGAAAAAGCAGGACAAUUCAAGGAGAGCCAG